CGGCGAUAAGUCACAGCUAAGUCACAGAAGCGCCCAUAUCAACAAUGCUGCGUCUCCUCCUCAUGUCGUGCCUCCUCGGCAUGGCCCUCGCCGCCACGCAGUUGAUGUAAGGGGCGGAAGCUUCUGAGAAUACCAACCCACAUCAAUGCAUGAACAACCAACACCACAACAACAACCACCCCCCUUGCUGGCACAGGGUUACGGAGCCGCCAAAGUGGAAUCCGAGAGCGCUUGUUUCGUGCGGGAGCUGGACACGACGCUGGAGGAAAAAGUGGAGCAGCUCGUCAGGCAAGGAAACUACACCAUCACGGAGUCCGCCAGCACAACGGCGACUCCCCUGGACGACGACGGGCACAGCGACGUCGGCGAGCGUGUCCUGGAGUUCUGCGACGACCUUCCUGUCUACCAGAUGAUCUUCAAUGACGACGAGGCAGCAGCAGCCCUCCGCGAUGACUCUUCUAGCGAGGACGGUGAUGAAAACUCCGGCAGUGGAAGCGGAGGUAAUGAGUCGAGUACUGGCAGUGGAAAUAGCAGUGGAAGUGAUGAAUCCGGCAGUGGCAGUGAUGAAGAAGACCUCGCACUAGAUCCUACCGUCCCGGCCCUCAGAGAUUCCAGAGAGGAGACAGGCAUCGAGGCGUCCCCAGCUCACCGCCAAGUAUCUGUGACCUACAAGAGAUGCAACAUUUUCGCCUUCUUCUAUUGCGUCACGACCACCCUCACCGUCACCACAGGGUUUACCUACUUCUGGGUCUUCGGGUGAGCCGCCCCGUGACAACCCCCUCCGCUGCCUGACUCACCUGAUAACGACCUAACCAUCACUAUAAUUAUGUUUGCUUUUUCUUCUUUAUACAGUUCCGAUGAUGUGCGUGAAGUAUACUCAAUAAAUGUAACAAAAAAUAUAGUUGUUUCCUAUGCACUCCUUUUUUUUCCGUCCGUACCUCGCUACUUAUUCGUUUGGCUUUUUUUUUCUUUCUUUUUUUUAGUCCCCAUGAUGUGCGCAAAAUAUAAUCAAUAAAUGCAACAAAAAGUGAAAUUUGUUCCUUAUGCACUCGUUUCCUACGUCUGUAUCACGCUCAACAAAAUGUGGGUCACGCUUCACUACAGGUAUAUAUACAUUUUUUUAGGUGCUGCCUGUAGCGCCAGUUGGCUCUCUUGAGGGACCUCUUGGACGAGACUAGCCCAGUUGUGGCGAGGGCGAAUUUUAUUUAUAGCAAGACCAGUCACUCGGUCACUACUACGAAACACCAACCAGACGGCAGGAGGCGCACAACUCCUAGGAACCUAUUCUUAAACAUUUUGUCGUCCAAGUUCAUAUAUUUGACAAGGCUUUCGUAGGAGUUUCGGGCAUAUCCAGUGGUAGUUUAAUGACCCUGGUGGUAAUCUGAGCCUUCCUCUGUACCGUGAACCUAAAGAAACACUCAUUAGAACCUGAUUGACCUCCUCUUUGACCUUUAGAAAUAGCUGAUAUGAAAAGCGGAAAUGUCUUAUAAUACCGACCUUAGUACCGUGAACAGAAGCAAACCAGCAGCUAGGGGAAGGCGUGCACACAGAGGUAGGAGGAAAAAAAUAAUAUAUAUCCGAAUGAAAGAGAGGAAGAGGAAGAGAGAGACUUCGACAAUCUUCACAGUCAAUCACAUAACAUAUUCAGGGUGAUGCUAAAGACUGUCGGAAUGGAGUCAGAUCUAUUCUCAAAGCCUUCAAUCACAGUGGGGCUCGAUGCAGAUCGUCAGCCGCCAGACCCGUCCUGGAGUCAGAGCGUCAGCCAGGUCAGGGGUGCGGCAAACCUUCCAGAGUUCAGACAAGACCGGUCAGUCAGCUCCGUGCGAUAGAGUCAGCUGGUCGCCUGUCAGUAGGAAGAAAGGGGAGGGGCGAGGGUAUGGUGAUGGGAGAGAAGACAUGUGGGAAGAGGAGGAGGAGGAGGGAGGAGUAGGGAGAGGAGAAGGAGGACUGAUGGUGAGGGCAUGGAAGCGAAAGGGGAUGAUGAGAAAGGAAAAAGAGGCAUGAAAGAAGAGGAGGAGGAGGAGGAAAGAUGAGGGAAACGGAGGAGACAGAGGAUGCCGGGGAAGAAGAAGACGCGAAUAAGGGGAGGGAAAAAUAAGAGAAAGAUGAAGAAUGAGUAACAGAAUGAGAACGAGGAGGAGGAAGAAGAAAACGAAGAGAGGAGACGAUAGGGUUAACAGAAGACAAAAUGGAGAAGGUGGAGGAAUAAAGAAGAAGGGAGAGGGAAAGGGAGGAGCAGAGGAGAGAGGGUUUGCGCGGAUAAUGGCACAGAAGAGAAAGGAGGAAGAGGAGGAGAAAGAGGGUUGGUUGGGGGGGGAAGAGGAGGAGGAAUAUCAGAGGAGAGACGCAACGAGAAUGGAGGGAGAAUAUUUAUAUAGAUUGGGAGGAAAG